AUGUUUAUAUCUAUCUAUCUAUCUAUCUAUCUAUCUAUCUAUCUAUCUAUCUAUCUAUCUAUCUCGCUGUUUAUCUAUCUGUCUAUUUAUCUGUCUACCCAUCUGUCUGUCUCUGUUCAUAUCUAUUUUUUUCAUAUCUAUCUAUCUAUCUAUCUAUCUAUCUAUCUAUCUAUCUAUCUAUAUACAUAUAUAAAGGGCAGUUGUUUCUACUGUUCAUAUCUAUCUAUCUAUUCCUCAGUAACCAUUAUUUAUUUAUUUAUUUAUUUAUUUAUUUAUUUAUUUAUCUAUCUAUCUAUCUAUCUAUCUAUCUCAUUCUGUUCAUUUAUCUAUCUAUCUAUCUAUCUAUCUAUCUAUCUAUCUAUCUAUCUAUCUAUCUAUCUCGCCCUUUUCAUAUGCAUCUAUCUGCCUGUUCAUAUCUAUCUCUACAUAUCUAACUCAGCCUGUUCAUAUCUUAUCUCAUUUAUCUAUCUAUCUACAUAUCUAACUCAGCCUGUUCAUAUCUUAUCUCAUCUAUCUAUCUAUCUAUCUAUCUAUCUAUCUAUCUAUCUAUCUAUCUAUGUUUACAUCUUAGUGGCUGUUAAUUGUUUUCUUUCAUUUUUUUUCAUCAUCAUUAACUGUGUACUAAUUUCUCUUCGGGCGAGAAAUCUCUUUCUUUCUUGCUUCUUUGAAUUCUUUAUUUUCUUACCUUUUUCUUUACGGCUUGUUUUUUUUUUUUGUUCCAUCUUUUUAUUUCCAUUGUUCUUUCACUAUUUCUUUAUUUCUUCUUUUGAAAUUUAUCAUUGUGAUUUUAAUUUUUGUAUCCUUCUUUGUAUUCUUCCAAUUUAUUUUUUCUUUUUCAAAUUUUCUUUUCCUAUUUUCUCUCGUUUUUAUUCAUGCCCUUCAAAUUUCUUUCUUUCUUUCUUUCUUUCUUUCUUUCUUUCUUUCUUUCUUUCUUUUUCUUUCUUUCUUUCUCCCCACUUCUAUUUUCAUUGUCUUGCAUAUUUAUUUUACACUUGCAAUUUUUCUUUCCUUCCUACCUCCCUCCUUUCUUUCUUUCUUUCUUUCUUUCUUUCUUUCUUUCUUUCUUUCUUUAUUUAUUUAUUUAUUUAUUUAUUUAUUUAUUUCUCCCCACUUCUAUUUUCAUUGUCUUGCAUAUUUAUUUUACACUUGCAAUUUUUCUUUCCUUCCUACCUCCCUCCUUUCUUUCUUUCUUUCUUUCUUUCUUUUUUUCUUUUUCUUUCUUUCUUUCUUUCUUUUCUAUUUCCAUUGUCUUGCAUAUUUAUUUUGAACUUGCAAUUUUUCUUUCUUUCUUUCUUUCUUUCUUUCUUUCUUUCUUUCUUUCUUUCUUUAUUUUCUAACUUUUCUGCUUUAAUUUUUUCUUUCAUUUAUAUUAUUUUCUCAAAUUCUUUCUUUCUUUCUUUCUAUUUCUCUCCCACAUCUCUUUUACCAAUUUCUUUCUUUCCUUCCUUUACUUCUCCCAUUUCUUUUUCAUUUAUAUUGCUCUUCCAACUUCUUCUCAGUUUCUUUUCUGUCUUUCUUUCUUUUUCUCCUUCCAUUUUUCUUUAA